AUGGCUUCAGCAGUCUCGUCAGAGAACACACCCCCGAGCCGCGAGUCGACUCGACCAACAGCCGACUCGUCGCUCUGGCGUCGGCGACUCGACGUCGCCGUGAUCGGCGCAGGCGCCGCGGGACUGGCCGCUGCGCGCGAGCUGAUGCGAGAGGGACACGCCGUGACUGUGAUUGAAGCGGGGGGUGAAAUAGGCGGCGUGUGGGCUUAUGACGAGCGGAUAGAAACGGAGGAUUUAUUAGGGUUAGAUCCGAACCGGCAGCAGGUCCAUAGCAGCAUGUACGCGUCGCUAAGGACGAAUUUACCCCGAGAAUUAAUGGGUUAUUUGGACUUUCCCUUCUCCGCGCCAUUGCCCGGCGAUUGUCCCGAUGCUGACGUGGACUCGCGCGACGGAAAUAGCGCGGAUUCGCGACAGGACGACGCUGAUCUGCGACGGUUUCCGUCGCACAGGGAGGUGCUGCGAUAUCUCCGCCGGUACGCGGAGCGAUUCGGGAUCUCGAAUCGCGUGGAACUCCACACUCGAGUGAUCUCGGCCGUCCCUGUGAUUUCCCGCCAAGCAGCCGUUGAAGAAAGUGGGGAGGGCGGAAGAAACGGGGGAGGCGGCGGAGAGGGGAGGAAUGGAGCGGAAGCGAGGAAAGAGGGGAAAAGCGGUCAAGUGGUGGGGAAUGCGGGGAACGCGCACGGGGAGGGGGAGGGUUGGGAACUCCUAGAGGCGUCCGCGGAAGGGACUGAGGCUCCUGUUGUGAGAUGGCGUCUUAAGAUUGCUCGUUCUAGACCGCAUAGGAGUAUUAGCACGGGUGGAGGGAGUCUAGGAGGUCUGGCAGGUGCAGCAGCAGGGGUUGGGGAUGGGGAGAGGGUGGAAGGGAGGGAGGAAGAGGAGGAGGAGAGGGAGUUUGAUGCGUUGGUGGUGUGUAACGGUCACUACUCACAGCCCAAGAUUGCAACUAUAGCGGGAGUAGGCACGUGGCCAGGCAUUCAAAUACACAGCCAUAACUACCGCCACCCAGAGGGGUUUGCAGGCAAGGUGGUGGUGGUGGUGGGGGCAGAGGCGAGUGGGCAGGACAUAGCGAGGGAGCUGGCAGCAGUGGCACGAGAGGUGCACAUCUGUGCGCGAGGCUGGCGCUCCUCCCCCGCUGCUGCUGGGGCGGCCACGGGAGCAAUCGAGACGGGGUAUUUCGAGGAUCUCAGAGGCAGAGUGCAGCAGCACCCCAUGAUCAAGCAAGCCAAUCCCGAUGGUAAAGUGGAGUUUGAAGACGGGUUCGCAUGUCAUGCUGACGUCAUCAUGCACUGUACUGGCUACCACUACUCCUUCCCCUUCCUCGCCCUCCCCCCCUCUCUCCUCUCUGUCGAUACCGGUCGCGUGACACCCCUGUUCCGCCACGUCCUCCCUCCUGCGCUCGCCCCCUCGCUCUCCUUCAUCGGCCUCCCUUGGAAGGUCGUCCCCUUCCCGCUGUGUCAGCUGCAGGCGCGGUGGGUGGCGCAGCUGCUGUCCGGCCAGCUGCCCGUGCCGCCCAGGUCCGAUAUGGAGGGCGGCGUGCGUCGUCUGUAUGCGCGCAUGGAGGCGCAGGGCGUGCCAGAGAGAUAUGUUCACAGGCUGGACAUGGAACAGGUAUGGCCUGGAGCAGCAGGUGCCCGUGCCGCGCAGGUCCGAUAUGGAGGGCGGCGUGCGUCGUAUGGCCUGGAGCAGCAGGUGCCCGUGCCGCCCGGGUCCGAUAUGGAGGGCGGCGUGCGUCGUCUGUAUGCGCGCAUGGAGGCGCAGGGCGUGCCAGAGAGAUAUGUUCACAGGCUGGACAUGGAACAGGUAUGGCCUGGAGCAGCAGGUGCCCGUGCCGCGCAGGUCCGAUAUGGAGGGCGGCGUGCGUCGUCUGUAUGCGCGCAUGGAGGCGCAGGGCGUGCCAGAGAGAUAUGUUCACAGGCUGGACAUGGAACAGGUAUGGCCUGGAGCAGCAGGUGCCCGUGCCGCCCAGGUCCGAUAUGGAGGGCGGCGUGCGUCGUCUGUAUGCGCGCAUGGAGGCGCAGGGCGUGCCAGAGAGAUAUGUUCACAGGCUGGACAUGGAACAGGUAUGGCCUGGAGCAGCAGGUGCCCGUGCCGCGCAGGUCCGAUAUGGAGGGCGGCGUGCGUCGUCUGUAUGCGCGCAUGGAGGCGCAGGGCGUGCCAGAGAGAUAUGUUCACAGGCUGGACAUGGAACAGGUAUGGCCUGUAGCAGCAGGUGCCCGUGCCGCCCAGGUAUGGCCUGGAGCAGCAGCUGCCCGUGCCGCCCAGGUCCGAUAUGGAGGGCGGCGUGCGUCGUCUGUAUGCGCGCAUGGAGGAGCAGGGCGUGCUAGAGAGAUAUGUUCACAGGCUGGACAUGGAACAGGUAUGGCCUGGAGCAGCAGCUGCCCGUGCCGCCCAGGUCCGAUAUGGAGGGCGGCGUGCGUCGUCUGUAUGCGCGCAUGGAGGCGCAGGGCGUGCCAGAGAGAUAUGUUCACAGGCUGGACAUGGAACAGGUAUGGCCUGGAGCAGCAGGUGCCCGUGCCGCCCAGGUCCGAUAUGGAGGGCGGCGUGCGUCGUCUGUAUGCGCGCAUGGAGGAGCAGGGCGUGCCAGAGAGAUAUGUUCACAGGCUGGACAUGGAACAGGUAUGGCCUGGAGCAGCAGCUGCCCGUGCCGCCCAGGUCCGAUAUGGAGGGCGGCGUGCGUCGUCUGUAUGCGCGCAUGGAGGCGCAGGGCGUGCCAGAGAGAUAUGUUCACAGGCUGGACAUGGAACAGGUAUGGCCUGGAGCAGCAGCUGCCCGUGCCGCCCAGGUCCGAUAUGGAGGGCGGCGUGCGUCGUCUGUAUGCGCGCAUGGAGGCGCAGGGCGUGCCAGAGAGAUAUGUUCACAGGCUGGACAUGGAACAGGUAUGGCCUGGAGCAGCAGGUGCCCGUGCCGCCCAGGUCCGAUAUGGAGGGCGGCGUGCGUAGUCUGUAUGCGCGCAUGGAGGCGCAGGGCGUGCCAGAGAGAUAUGUUCACAGGCUGGACAUGGAACAGGUAUGGCCUGGAGCAGCAGGUGCCCGUGCCGCCCAGGUCCGAUAUGGAGGGCGGCGUGCAUCGUCUGUAUGCGCGCAUGGAGGAGCAGGGCGUGCCAGAGAGAUAUGUUCACAGGCUGGACAUGGAACAGGUAUGGCCUGGAGCAGCAGCUGCCCGUGCCGCCCAGGUCCGAUAUGGAGGGCGGCGUGCGUCGUCUGUAUGCGCGCAUGGAGGCGCAGGGCGUGCCAGAGAGAUAUGUUCACAGGCUGGACAUGGAACAGGUAUGGCCUGGAGCAGCAGGUGCCCGUGCCGCCCAGGUCCGAUAUGGAGGGCGGCGUGCGUCGUCUGUAUGCGCGCAUGGAGGCGCAGGGCGUGCCAGAGAGAUAUGUUCACAGGCUGGACAUGGAACAGGUAUGGCCUGGAGCAGCAGGUGCCCGUGCCGCGCAGGUCCGAUAUGGAGGGCGGCGUGCGUCGUCUGUAUGCGCGCAUGGAGGCGCAGGUCCGAUAUGGAGGGCGGCGUGCGUCGUCUGUAUGCGCGCAUGGAGGCGCAGGGCGUGCCAGAGAGAUAUGUUCACAGGCUGGACAUGGAACAGGUAUGGCCUGGAGCAGCAGGUGCCCGUGCCGCGCAGGUCCGAUAUGGAGGGCGGCGUGCGUCGUCUGUAUGCGCGCAUGGAGGCGCAGGGCGUGCCAGAGAGAUAUGUUCACAGGCUGGACAUGGAACAGGUAUGGCCUGGAGCAGCAGGUGCCCGUGCCGCCCAGGUCCGAUAUGGAGGGCGGCGUGCGUCGUCUGUAUGCGCGCAUGGAGGCGCAGGGCGUGCCAGAGAGAUAUGUUCACAGGCUGGACAUGGAACAGGUAUGGCCUGGAGCAGCAGGUGCCCGUGCCGCCCAGGUCCGAUAUGGAGGGCGGCGUGCGUCGUCUGUAUGCGCGCAUGGAGGAGCAGGGCGUGCCAGAGAGAUAUGUUCACAGGCUGGACAUGGAACAGGUAUGGCCUGGAGCAGCAGCUGCCCGUGCCGCCCAGGUCCGAUAUGGAGGGCGGCGUGCGUCGUCUGUAUGCGCGCAUGGAGGCGCAGGGCGUGCCAGAGAGAUAUGUUCACAGGCUGGACAUGGAACAGGUAUGGCCUGGAGCAGCAGGUGCCCGUGCCGCCCAGGUCCGAUAUGGAGGGCGGCGUGCGUCGUCUGUAUGCGCGCAUGGAGGCGCAGGGCGUGCCUCAGAGAUACACCCACAGGCUGGAUAUGGAGCAGGUGCGACCUGGGAGAGGUAG